UUUAGAACUCUAUUGUUUAUUUAUUUGUUAGUGCAAAUUCAGGUUUUAAGAGGAUCAAAUUCAAAGGCGGUGAAAAGAAAUAGAUUGAAGUCGAUGAUGAAACACUACCUGUGCUAUUAGGGUUUGGAUUGAAAUUGAAUUGAAGCAAACGGAUUGUUGAAAUUUCGAUAUUCGGAAAUUGGGGAAUCAAAAGCAAUGGGAGGCGAAGAUGUUGACAGGGAUAAGAGUAAGCAAUGGUUGUCUCCAAAUAGGGCUUAUAAAGAGAAAGAGGACGACCCCAAACUUUGGGGAAUUUUCCUCUUUGGCUUAAUUUGCGCCACUGCGACCACUUUCGCUUUAGCCAGGUCACAAUCAUCAUGGAAAGGAGGUUCUUUUCGAACAUCCUUUCAGGAGGAAGCAUGGAGAAGGUAUAAUCGUAGAAUGCAAGAAGAGUAUGAGGAAGAAAUGGAGAGAGUGGAGCGAAUAAGGCGCAUGCAAAGUGUGUUCAACAGGGAGAGAAACAAAUACAAAAGGAGCUAUGAGAGUUGGAAGGAAAAUGGUACUGGUGCUUAUCAUCAGCAUUUCCAGCGAGAUGAUUGGUAUUGGAAUGCAGACACAUCAUACAGAGAUCAAAGAACCAAUUACAGGCAAUCUCAAAGAGAUAGUGCAAGCUAUCCAUUAUCACAUCACUACUCAGUUUUAGGUCUUGACAGGUCCAGAACAGAACCAUAUACAGAAGAUGAGAUUAAGACGGCAUUCAGGACGAAGGCAAAACAAUUCCAUCCGGAUCAGAACCAGGAUAAUAAAGAAGUUGCAGAGGCUAAAUUUAAGGAGGUAAUGACCUCCUACGAGGCCAUAAAGCAAGAAAGGAAGAACAUGAAGGCAUAAAAACCUGAUCAAUCCUACAUAAAGUUGGGGAAGUGAAGAGCAAUAAUAGGGAUGUAGAAUAUAGAAAGCCCUACACUUCUCCAUGGUUAGAGAGUGGAAAUAGAUCAAAAUUUUCUUUCUGGAAUCAACUGAAUUUAUACUGACGUUGUAUAUCUAGGCUUUUAGUGGGAGAUGAAUAAUGAAAAUUUUUUUUUUCUGUGCAUGCAUAAUGCAAGGGGGUGGUAAUGUAUUUUUUAGGCAUGAUACCAUGCUUUGACAGCCCUCAUUCCAAUUUCUUGAAUGAUGUAGAGAAAAAUAAUGAUUUUGCUCGCUUCUAAUCUCUUGGUUUAUUACAAUUGGCCAUGCUUUUACAAUCUUAAUUCUAUGAACCAAGACAAUUUUUUUUUCUUUUUCCUCGAACCAAUAUUCUUCAAAUAACAUAUGGUUGAGGUAAUGAAAACUCCAAUUAGAGAUUUCCAUUUUAAAUAUAAGUUUGACGAUAGACGAGAAAAAACCCUCAAGGCUUCAAUGUUCGAUUCAAGAUUUUGUUUUCGUCUACAAGUAUUUAUUCCACCAUUU